UAAAUUUUUUCCAUUGAAAAGUGAAGUGAUACAUGAAAGAGUUAUUGAAUAUUUUUUAAUUUUUUUAAUGGAAAUUUCUAACAAUAAUUUAUAAUUUUUAUAGAAAACCAAAGUGUAAAGUGUGUAUAAAACAAUGACAUAAACGUAAAAGUCCGCAAAUAAAUUAAAAGCCAUAAAAUUUAGCAAAUAAAAAGUUAGCUGGUUUUUUUUCGUAUGAUUUUAUUUUUUCACUACGGUCGUCUUAUACAAAGAACAAGAAGAAGAAGCAGCAGCAGCAGAGACCAACGAACAACAUUAGAAAGCCUGAAAAGGAAAAAAGAGAGUGAAAAUAGAAAGAAAACGGCAGAAGAGGAGCGCCACCAUUUAACGUCGUCGACCAACCAACUCAUGUGUAUUUAAGUUUUUGUUUUUUAUUUUCAAAUACCUCCUCCUCUAUACCUUUUAAAUUGUUAAAAAAUUCAAAAAAAUAUAAAAGUGUUUUAAAGUUAUUUAAUCAAUUUAAAUAAGAAAAAAGUUUUCAAACAAAAAUUAAAGUGUAAUUAAUGAAAAAACCGCCUUAUAACAGGCUGGCUGCUAAAAUUUUCCAAUAACACAAAACAAACACUUGCUAAAUACACUCUCGCGAAAUGGACACCUCAAUGGAUACUAUAACCUGCAAAUUACAAUCGCUGGAAGAACGUUUGCAGGCAGAAAAUGAAUCCAUAUUACCAAAAAUGCCUCUUGCCAGGCCAAACACCUUAGUACGUCCACAAUUAACGGGUUUGGACAACUUAUCAAAUCGUCCCACAAAUCGCACUAAUAUGAAAUUGGCUUUUGCAAAGCCCACCGGACCUGCCGCUGAAUCUGAAACAGAUAAAAAACUAAAGAAAAUCCACAAACAAACCGGUAUUCUAACGAUAAACGAUCACAAAUACCACUCCGAUAUUAAAGAUCUCGAACAUUUGGGUGAUUUGGGCAAUGGCACCAGUGGGAAUGUAGUGAAAAUGCUCCACAAACCCAGUAAUACAAUAAUUGCCGUAAAACAAAUGCGACGCACUGGCAAUUCUGAGGAAAAUAAACGUAUUUUAAUGGAUUUGGAUGUAGUUUUAAAAUCACAUGACUGCCAAUAUAUAGUACAAUGUUUGGGUUGUUUUGUAACGGAUGCUGAUGUUUGGAUUUGCAUGGAAUUGAUGUCAAUGUGUUUUGAUAAGCUGCUGAAGCUAUCAAAGAAACCAGUACCCGAAAAUAUACUGGGGAAGGUGACAGUGGCGACGGUCAAAGCUUUGUCUUAUUUGAAAGAGAAACAUGGCGUUAUACAUCGUGAUGUUAAACCCUCAAAUAUUUUAAUCGAUGAACGUGGCAAUAUAAAAUUAUGUGAUUUUGGUAUUAGUGGGCGUUUGGUGGACUCAAAGGCGGCCACUAGAUCAGCUGGUUGUGCGGCUUAUAUGGCGCCUGAACGUAUCGAUCCUAAAAAACCAAAGUAUGAUAUACGUGCCGAUGUUUGGUCUCUGGGCAUAACACUGGUUGAAUUGGCUACCGCUCGUUCACCUUAUGAAGGCUGUAAUACCGAUUUUGAGGUAUUAACAAAAGUUUUGGAAUCAGAUCCGCCACGUUUGCCAAAAGAUGAUAACUUUCAUUUUAGUAAUCAAUUUCAUGAAUUUGUUAGUAAAUGUUUAACUAAAAAUCAUAAUUUACGACCUAAAUAUCCUCAACUCUUAGAACUAGAUUUUAUAAAAUACUACGAACAAGCUGAGGUUGAUAUACCCUAUUGGUUUAAAUCUGUUGUAGAUGCUGCCGGCAUUAAAACUCAACGUAGAACUCAAAUACCCACAUCAUCAACACCGGCUACAUAUGAUGCCUCUAAACAUCAUUAUAAAAAUCCUAUAAACGCUUUAGCCUCUACAGCCAAUCUGAAUACGGGCUCCUCCUUAAUGGGGGCUAUAACAUCAACAGCAACAACGACAACAAUGACAAUAAAUGCUUUAACAAAACAAACACAAUCACAAAUACCCAGUUAUCAGGGCGGUGGUGCCACCAUAGAACAUUAUCAACAACGACAUCAGCAGCAGCAGCAACAACGUUCAAAUAGUUUCAAACAUCAUCAGCAACAGCAACAACAUCGUCAUCAUCAACAGCAGCAACCAUCUCAACUACCUCAAACUUUAAAUCAAUUUAGCAUUAAUAGCAGUAAUAUAACAACCACAACAACAGCAGCAACAAUAAAUAAUUAUCAGGGAUCAACAGCAACCAUGGGCCACAAUAGUAGAACUACUACCGGCUCAUCAGUUGGUGGCAGUGGCAGCGUUAGUUAUAAUACUGGUUCUGGCAGUAGUUCUGCCACCAGUUCUAGUCCUUUAUCACCACCCAGUGUUUCCUACAAUCUCAAUAAAGAUGAUUCGAAAUUAGUCAAUGAAAUGAAUAAAUUAUAUCGUAAAUCUCCAUUUAUGCAAAAGAAAUUUAAUGGUGGCUCCUCUUUGCAGCGUUAUCAAACAUCGCCGGGCGAUGAAAGUCCCAAAAAGGAAUCGGUUUUAUCGACAAUAGGUCAAUCUAUUUUACGCAAUUUGACCACUUCCCCCUUUAGUCAAAAGAAAAACUCCUCUAAUGUUCAACCCAAUCAAAUAGAUCCCUUAUGGCGAAUGCCCACCACUCAAGAUGUGGCAUUAGCUUUUGAUUCUUGUGAUGCUGCCAAUACUACUCACACAUCAGCUUUAGAAUCGCCUGCAGUGCAACGGAAACGUUUUCAACAGGGUGGAGAGGCUAAAGCUAGUAUGACAGCAGCCAAGAAGACUUCACUGGAGUCAGAGAAACAGGAUAAUAAACCCUCUUUAAUACCUUUAACUAAAAAUGAAACACAACCACCACGUGUUCCCGGCAAUCAUAGUCCAAUAGUUCUUCAACGUUUCUACCAUCAACAAAAUCAAUUGCGUGAGAAAGAAUUAGAACGUCAACAACAUCAACACUAUACGAAUAUCUAUACCAAACACUCGCCCUCAGAUGGCACAACAACAAAUCCCUUUCAAACGAAUUUCUAUCAGCAGCAGCAACAACAACACAGUUCCCAUAUACCCAUUGCCUCUAGCUCAACUUUAUCAUCAUAUUCAACAUCUAGUCAAUCAUCAACACAAUCUUCACAAUGUUCACAAAUUGGUGGUACUGCUGGUGAUGCAAUUUCUUCAUCUUCUCAACAAGGACCAAGAAGUUUACCUUUAACGCUUAACGAAAACAAGAGCUCCUCUUCACCCACUUCUCCCAAUACUUUAGGCUUUGGCACUACUACUACAUCACCCACAGCGCAUUUGCAAUAUCAACCACUGCCUCAACAAUAUUUGAAUAAUUCUAAUACAACCUCCCCCUAUGGUGGGGGCAGUGUAAUGCGUAACUCUAGAUCCCCAGCCACUUCACCGGAAACUCUGUCCGACUCGGCAGUUUUAACUAAACAUCCACAACAGUCUAGAAUGUUAAAUGUCACAAGUCCUACGGUUACAAAAUUAAGUAAAUUAUAUAAUCAACGUUCAGGCUCCGCUUCAGCCUCCAUAGCCAAUGCUAAUACUCCGGCAAUAGCCAGUAAAGAGAAUAAUUUUAAACCGGAAAGUGCUACAUCACCUACAAAUGGUUUAACAACAGCAGGAUCUGAAUUGACAAACGAACGUAAGGCCCAAUUGUAUUAUCGUACGAUGUCUUGUGGCAGCAGUAGUUCCAGUAAUAGUCAAACCACCUCACCCUCUACUGAAACCUGCAAGCCGGCUCUAGCUGAAGGUUUCCAGGAGGGCUCGAGUGCUGCUGGUUUCAUAAGACGUUAUGCCGCCACUGGAGGAGCUGGAUCAAAUGUUAAUUCGACAGGCCCCAGUUCGUCAUUGCCGGCCACGCAUACUCCGGCUCAUAUUUUGGCGAAUUUAGAUCGACGACAUCGUUCACCGGAUCCACCACCACGCUACAAUCGUGGCCAGUCUCCUUUGCUGUUGCGUAAAAAUAUUUUAGAAUUAAGUGGACAACCACCAGGCACUUCACCCAUGUUAAACAGAAGAUUUGUUAAUGCUUCUCCUCCCUUGCCACCACCCCGUAGAGGUUCAGAAAGUGUACCCGGCUCACCACAACACUUUCGCACCCGCAUUCACUACACACCCGAACCACAAAGACGUGUUUAUCGUACUAUAGAUCAAUGAGUAGCACUGCAAAUAAUGGUUAUGUGAUAUUGGUAUGGAUUUGUUGAUGAUGAUGUUGAUAAUGCUGGCGCCCAAGACACUACCCCAAAUAAUAGCCAUAAGACAACUACUACAACGGCAGGCGCUGAGGAAAAUUUUAUAAAUUAUGAUCUGGAUGGACCCUCUUCCUCAUCCUCAGCCACAGCUAGAGAUUUUCUAGGCAUGCGCAGUUUUAGUCAUACCGGUAGUGUUACAGAACGUUUGGAUGCUAUGAUCUCAUCGGCUAGAACUGAUGCAACCGUGGAUGCUGAUGUUGAUUGUAUACCAGCUUCUGCCCCAGCAUUUUCUUCAUUAUCUUUGGAUGCCGAUGAUCUGGAUACGGCACGUAUGCGUCGUGCUAAAUAUUGGUUACAAAAGUAGCAGCUUUUUAUGUUUUUAAAUGUUUAACGACAAGUGUUUUAUGUUUAACUGUUACAUUGUGUUGUCGUUUUGGUAAGUUUUUUAUUUGUUUUUUGCUUAAUUAUUAAAAG